AUGAGAAGGCAGUUUAGUGAAAGCUGUGACCCUUUGGUUCUGAGAUGGGAAGACAAUAUUAUACCACAGGGAAUGUACCCAGCACUGGUGGUUAAUCUCUUAAAGGAAGGAUUUAAGAUGUUAAAGGAACAGAUACCUUAUCGUAAUGCCAUCAAGCUACAAUCAAGAGAUUUAGGAGUUAACAUUCUACUAGUGGAUACUAUUCAGUGGUUGGAGAUACAUUGUGCUGGUCCAGUACAUGAUGCAUGUACAAAGCUAAGAGUCCUAGUCCAGGGAUCCAUACAGUCUGUCUCCAGCAAGUUCUCCUACAGUAGCAAUACAUUGGAGGGAACUCUUUGCCAGGUCUGUACAGCUGGUGUAUGCUGUCGUAACAAAGCUGGAACUAGUAUAACAUGCACUAAUGGUGACUGCUUACCAAGGAAAAUAGGACCACGUCAGUCCUGCUGGUUUAUACCUGUUGAGAGGAGCUAUGAAGUACAGAAGAGUGACCUCAUUAGGUUAUUUAAGGACUCUGCUGCCCAUUAUAUGCUCAUUGGGACUGCACUUGAUGUUAAAGUGGACGAUCUGUUGCCUAUUCCAGGGGCUGCUACUACUAACCUAAUACUAGUGUUCCAGAGAUGGAUAGACUCCAAUAAAGAAGUGAGCUGGAGGAAAGUGCUUCAAGUUUGUGACGAUUUUCCAAAUGAACUUGGUAAAGUAAAAGCUGAUGUAGAAGUAUUUCUAUCAUCAGAUAGAGCCCCUAACAGAUUUUAAUUAUACUUAGCCUUUUUGAUUACAUAACUCCUAAUGUUAUUAUUAUCUGUGUUUGUGUUUUUGGAUUUCUAGUGUUUUUCUU